UGGCUUCACUGUCAAUUCGAGAGCUGCAAAGAGUACGCUCGCGUUUAUUACGUUAUGUGUUUAUAUAGUGAAGUGUGAUCUGUGAGAAAAUUUCGAAUGUCGUGAAGUCAAAGAUUUGUGUUGUUAAGUGAAAAAGUGCAACUUGUGUGAAAUCGACAUGUUUUCUCUAGUGUUUUAAAAGUGUUUAAAUCAAAAUGUGCAAAGCACCGUGGUGUGCAAAAUUGAUUUUUGCCACGUAGUGACGCGGACGGGUAAUGAUUCCUAAUGUGGAGUUCGAAGCAAGAUGGUUAGAGAGACUCGGCACCUGUGGGUUGGAAACUUACCCGAUAGCAUACGUGAAGAUCGAAUAAGAGAACACUUUAAACGUUAUGGCCGAGUCCAGAAUGUCAAGUUAUUGGGUCGAAUGGAGACCGCAAGCACGGGUGCCAGUGGGGGUUCUAAUAGCGGUGUUUGUGCCACUGUUGCCUUUAUGGACAUCAAGUCCGCUUCGAAGGCGCAUAACAUCGAGCACGUGCUGGACGAACGAACACUUACCACUGAGUAUUACGAGCCGACCGCGAUACCCACAGCAGCGGGAGCGCCAUCGGCCGGCUCCUCACCCGCCGGCUCUGGUUACUCAGGUUCAUCAUCCUCCGUGAAUUCAACGUCAGCGCCAGCCUCCACUACGCGGUUUCAUCUCUCCGCUGAGGAGAACGCAAACAACACCUGCGCAAUGGCUGCCACAGCGGCAGCGCCGGCUGCUUGGCGGGGAACCAACGAUAGCGCGACAACAGAGUUCUGCCGUCGAGGCAACACGCCCGCCACGUAUGGCAGGUACCACCAGCGAAACAAUGCACCAUAUGCCACGCCACCCUCUAAUACCGAAAGAACAACACCCCUCCACCGGUGGUACGGCGCGACGGGCGGAGAAAGCACGCCGAGUACGCCGGGUGGCGGGCCCGAGCGGCGCCGGCGGGCUUCGGGCUCGGGUUCGUCUCGCUCCGAGUCCUCGUCUCCUGAGCCCAGUGACACGUCUCGCGGGUCUACGCCGCCCCCGCCUGCUCACCACGCCCACAACAACCAUCGGACCCCGUCCACGCAUCCACACCAGUGGGCAUCGACAGCUAACGGAAGACCUCUUGCAAUAUGCGUUAGAAAUCUACCGACGAGGUCGACCGAUAGUUCCCUCAAAGACGGCCUUUACCACGAAUACAAGAAGCAUGGUAAAGUGGUGUGGGUGAAGGUGGUCGGUCAGAACGCCGAUCGCUAUGCGGUGGUCCGAUUCAAAAAACCGUCCGACGUAGAAAAGGCACUCGAAGUGUCACAAGAUAAACUUUUUUUUGGUUGCAAGAUCUCUGUGGCCCCUCACCAAAGUUGCGAUGAUGACGCCGAGUCGGCGAAACCCUACGAGACUGAUAUUGAUGAAUACCACCCCAAGGCGACGCGAACGUUAUUCAUCGGAAACCUAGAGAAGGAUGUAACCCAACAGCAGUUGCGAGACAAGUUCAAGCACUUCGGCCGCAUCAUAGAGAUCGACAUCAAGAAGGGCAGCGGCGGAGGGGCCGGCUAUGCCUUCUGCCAAUAUGCGUCUAUAUCGAGUGUGGUCGAAGCUAUCAGGGCGAUGGACGGCGAGUACGUGGGCAGUUCUAGGGUCAAACUCGGCUUUGGGAAACCUGUCGCCACUACUUGCGUUUGGGUCGACGGGCUCACGGAACACACGGAGAAGCAGGUCUUAGCGGCAGUAUCCCGAUGCGGCGCUGCCACCUCUGUCUGCGUGGAUCGAGCAGCGGGCGCAGCCCUAGUUCACUUCGAGCAGGCGGCCGCCGCAGGAGCAGCUGUGAGGGAGCUGAGACGCCUGGCCGCGCAUUUGUCGGCUGCUGAGCCUGACCAGCCGAGACUGUGCGUGGACUAUGCGUCGAGGGAGUGCCAGGAUGCAUUUUAUGAACAACUUGAAAAGCAUGGAGGUUCAUCAUCCCUGACCAGCUCUGAGCGCCUGGGUACUGAUUUAUCUGGAAGAUACGUGCCUACCGCCAGGCACGAUCAACUCAGGUACGAAAGUGGUACAUCACGAUCUCGCGCUCCUAGUUUUGGUCGAAGCUCUUCCAGAACUCCUCGGUACAACCACGAUCAUUACGAUCCGACCGACUACGCAGCCGAUAGACGAUACAGGGUACACGAGGAAUUAGGGUCGAGUCCGCCUACCGAUGAAGCUCCCUACGAAGAUCGACUGCAGUCUGUGGUUGUGUCGCCCCAUCGUGCUCACAAACAUCGUCAUGAUUCGAGUCCAGAAGAUAGAAAGCAUUCUAAAGAAAGACACCGUAGCGUCGGUGGCAGUUCAAGAAGAUCUCGUUCGGGGUCGCGCGGUGAAAGGCAUAUUUCUCGACGAAGACAUCGUAUUAAACGGCGCGACGGUUCGGGAUCUCGCGGUUCUCGCACAUCGCGGGCUGGUACUCCACUACGAGACGAACCCGACGCCGUGCCCACGGAGCCCCGACGGCCUCCCCGCGAACGACCCCCUCUGCCCAUGCUGCUGCCGCUGCCCAAGUUCGCCCUCCAAAUGUUACGAAACGCCCCGACGAUCCCUCGAGUCGUUCCCGCGCCGGCCCCGGCCUCUCCGCCGCGUCCCCCGUCCGUCUCUUCCUCGAGCAGCGGGUCCGCUCCGCAUUCCCCGUCACUCGAGGAACGAAUACGAUCUCUCGACGAGAAAUACGAGCGAUGGUCCGGCUCGCGAGCCCACGCCGACGCCCCUGACAGGAGUCGGCUGAGGCACAGGCUUCUAGAACUCGACAUCAACGAAGUGAAACCGUCGGAGGUAGUCCGCUCACUUUUGGCCAAGAGAUCGGUUUUCGACGAAGACUCAGAACGCUUGGAAGGAGCCGUCAGACCUCCCAGUCCUUGCGGCAGUCCCCGCUCAAUUCUCCAACCGAUGCUCCCACGAGCGUUGCGCUAUCCGUUCCCGAGUCAUCCGCCACCUUCCGAUAGCUCUGUAAUAUCAACGGAUACUUCUGUGCCUUCGACCGACGGCGAUCGGUCGGAUCCCCGCUUGUUUCGUUUGUCACAAUCGGACAGUGGCCCUAAACUCGAAAAUGAUAAUUCAUUUGAAGCUCGAUUACGAAUGCGCACUCCGUCAACGGAUAAACCUUAUUUAGAUAAUGGCAAUAGAAGAGAAUCUGAAACAGAUAAUGAACGAGCAGAUAGACGAAGAAAUUCUAUUUUGCUUCAAAGUGACGAUACUAAAUCAUUGGAUUGUGAUUUGAGCAAUGAAAAUUCGCCGCCUCUGCCGCGUCGUCUAAACCAUGAUUUCAAACCUGUAUGUAGCUUUUUUCAAGAUCUUCAGGACAAUCAACAAAAGGAAACAAUGUUUUCUGAAUCUACAGCAAAUUCAAAUGAAGUUCAUAUAAAAACCGAAAAAUUGUAUGACGUCAAAGAUACCGCCGCAGACGUAAAGAGAGAUCUCGAAGACUAUCAGGAUGAAUUACCCUUUUGGGGUUCUAGACGACAUAGUGUUAAGGAUGUUUCACACCAUGAGAAACUGGCAGAAAAGCUACCCAAUAAAUUAGAAAAUUCUCUGAACGUGAAAGCAGAGAAAGUAGCGCUGGAAAAUGUCAACAACGGAAGUCGUGAAAAUACGGAUCAAAUUAAAAUAGAAAUAAAGCAAGAAACAGAAAUAUAUCAAGAAAUAAGUUUAGAAAAUAAAAUAAAUGAAGACAUGGCAAGAAGUGAAUCGAGAACAUUUAACCAUUUAAAAACUUUAAAUUGUAUUGACUUAAAACAAACACAAAUUGAUCCAUACCUUGAUACUCAAUCUUCUGAAAAAAGCGAUAAUAAUGUAAUGAACGACAGUCACCAAAACAAUACACCAAAAUGUGAGAUUCUAAAUAAUACCUUGAUACAUGAUAAAACGGAUAAAGACCCAAUAGAAGUCAACUCUGAAAGAGUAAAAGCAGAUGAUAUAGAAGCACCAUCAUCUGAUAGUAAGACCUUUGACUUAUUGAAAGAUUCAGAAAAUCCUUUGAAAUCUGAUCGUGAGAAAAUAAAACACAUUAAAGAGCGUACUGAGAAGGACAAAUGUGAGCUUAGCAAAGAAAGGCCACGUAGUAGUAAACAUUCGAAAGUGGAUAGACAUGACAAAGAAAAGAAAGUAAGAGAAGAUUCAACGACUAAACAGAACGCAGAAAAAAGCGAUAAAUUAAAAUCCGAACGUGAUAAUGAUAAAGGUUCUGAUCAUCAUUCAGCCAGGGAUCGUGACGUGGAAAAGUCGAAGCAAACUGAAGACACAAAAAUGCGAACCGAUAACCACAAUCAUAAGAAAGACAAAGGAGACAGAAGAAGAGAACUGGUUGAAAUUGACCCAUUUUCAUGUAAAUCUAGAAAAGACGAGAGGCCAAAGCAUGACCGUCAACGGAAGGAUGGUACUGAUAGCAAACGUGAAAAACAAAGAGAAUCUGAAGUCAGCAAAAGUAGGAAAUCUUCAAGAGACGAAUCCUCAAAAGAAAUCACUAGAAAAGAUUCAACAGACUCUUCUGCAUCUCGUACUUCACACGAAUCAGCAAAAAUAAAGGAUUUAGAAACAAUUGAAACAAAAGAAGACGUAAAGCUAAAAAUUAAACAAGAAAAUGAAAUCUUAACUAAACUCGAGUCCAAAAUAGCGAUAGAGAUUAAUGACCAAAUAGAUAAAAAAAUUAAAUUAGAAGUGAAAGAAGAAAAACUUCCAAACGAUAUCACUCAUAAAAAUAAAAUACCCGCCACUUCUGAUUAUAUACAAAAAUGCAAGACUGAAAAUGAAAAGCCUCGACAUUUAUCGUUUGAUUCAACAAAUGUAGAGAAUAAACGCAAAGAGCGUCUCAGUUCAUGUUCCAGUUUACCGUCCAAUAUUGGGGGACACAAAAGAAGAAUGUCUUCGCAAGACGUCCUUGAAAGUUUGGAUGAGGAAAUAAAAAAGAGUAAAAAUGAUAUUAAAGGUUCCGAUAAACGUGACUUUAAGGAUUCGAAAUCUAACGAUAAGAAUAAGACACCGAAGUUUAAUAAAUGUCAUUUUGCUAAACUGUUUGAAAGUAAGACCAAGGAUGACAAAAAGAAUCAAGUAAAACCACCUGAUGAUUUGUUUACUCCUUUAAAAGAUAGUGAUGUCAAAGAGCUAUCUGAUAAAGUGAAAAGCAAAUCAGAAGAAAAACAUAAGAAAGAUGAAAAGCCAAUGGUAUUUUCUGAAACACGAACAGACGUGCAAAAUAAUUUAGAUUUUCUUGCUAUAUUUGAGUUGAGAUCUAGUGAAGAAGAUGAAAAACAGAGAGCAUUAACUAAUGAAAUGAAAGAAAAGAAAAGAAUUCAACAGUUACAACAAAUUCAAGAGCUCCAAAUGCAACAAGUUGUCCUACAAAAUUCUGAUCUUAGAUUAAAGGAAGAAAAAAGGCAUAAGCACGAUGAAAAGAAAAAAGAAUGCGCUCGUGAGAAACGAAUGUCAACAGAACGGAAAAGUAAAGAUAUUGACCAAAAAAGAAAAAGCCGAAAGCAAACACAGAGUAGUGAUACCUCGGAUUCAGAUGAACCUAAGAAACAUUCUAUUUUCGAUAUUGUAGAUGAUGGACCUACAUAUAUUUCAAUGUACGACAAGGUUAAGGCUCGAUCGUGUAAAAAUAUGCAAAAACAAGAAGAAGAAAAACGUCAAGAGAAAAUCAAAGCGAAGUUUAGUCAACUAAAACAAAGUAGAGCUAAACGAGAAGAAAAGAAAAGAUCAAGUUGGGAUGAAGAUAGUGAUUCUGACCUCGAGAGACAAAAACAUAUGAAAUCAUCAGUGGAUAGCUCUUCCGAUGACGACAGAAAUAUGGUUCACAGUCAGAGUAAAAGACAUGAUAAUUUGCAAAGAUCGUCGCUUAAUUAUGAGCGACAUAGCGUCGAUGAUUACUUUAGUUUAACAAGUAAUGAAGAAGAUCUACGGAAUAAACUAUCUCGCAAAAAUUCUCGUACACGAAUUAUGUCUGAUUCAUCGGAUGAAGAAACAAUGAAGAGGGAUAUGAGUCCGAAUCGAAUGGGCGAUUUAAAGAGAGGAUAUUUGUCUGACAAUGGUUCAUUACGCGAAUGUAAGGAUAAACAUAAUUUCAUGAAGGAAUCUACUAUUGAAGAGAAAGCUAAGAAAACCUCGCUUCUUAAUUUAUUUGGUAAAAGCGAUAGUGAUGAUAAUAGACUUAAAUCUAAUACUGAAAAUGAUAGUGACUAUAAAACAUCAUUUAGUAAAUUGAUUUGUAAUGAUAUUUCUUCUGAAAACGAAUCUCUGCCUUCAAAGAGCACUUCUAGUGACAUUAGAAAAAAGCAUAGGAAAAAGCAAAAGAAGCAUAAAAUUUCAUUUUCUGAUGAUGAUAAUAAAACGGAAAAUUGCGAUGAAAAUCAUGAUCGAGAUAAACAUAAGAACGAUUCUCUAAGAAGACACAAUAAAAAAGAAAAACGUAAAGACAAAAUACGCGAAAGUUUUGACACUGACGAUGCUAAAGAUGACAAAUCGAAAUGUAAAAGAGAUAAAAGACCAUCUACUGAGAAUCUGCAGGAAUCAUUUACUGGGAAUGCAAAAAGAGAAGGGAAAAUGGAGGAUAUAUUCGGUCCACUGUCGGAAGAUUCAGAUAAUGAACCGAGAAAUAAGUUAGAAAUGUCAGUAGUGGAUUUCGAUUCUAUAAAACUGAAUAAAGAUACCAGUGAUGAUUUAAAAUGCAAAGAUAGGGAUGACAGUAAAAGAAGAAAAGACAGAAAACGAAAAGAUAAGAAACUGUUUUCUAAAGAGGAUGAUAAUAGUUUGGAUGUUGACGCAGUAAGCAAAGCAAUAGAAGCUCGAUUGUUUGCAGAUUCUAUGAGUAGUGAUGACAUUAAGACAAAUGAGCCGCCAGACCUAUUUAAAACCAAAACAAAGUAUGACGACUCUAAUGUCAAACUUGGUGAUAUUCCUCGGUCUGAAAAGGUGAUUGAAAAGUUCAAGAAGGAAUGUAAAGAGAAAAAGAAGAAGAAAAAGAGAAAUAGAGAGGAUCGACAAAGUCGCAAAGAACAUCAUUAUUAUGAAAAUGAAAGGCCUUCUAAGCAAGAUAGUAACAUUUUUGAAAGACACAUAGAUAUGUCGCCGAAAACAAUCUUAAAUAUACCACUUCCGAAUGAAAAAAUAGAUAACGACAAGUCUGAUGACGCCAAAUCUCUUUCAGAGUCUCCUAGCUUGCCCCGUUUAACUGACAGCCCACCUUUUGCUGUUAAAUCAGAAGAAUUAAGUUCUAAAAAUACUGACACAGACAGUACUAGUCAGUUAUCAAUAGAUGACAGAGUUUCUAUUCAAAGCUACGACGAAACGAAGUGUGUGGAAAUUGAUGACAUUCCAAUGCCUCCACCCAUUGAGAACAACGUCGUUCAAGACAUCAGCGAAGUACCGCUUCCAGAAGAUCCACCUACAGAACCCAAACCAUCUGCUCCGAAUAGUGAUCUCGAGACCGAUGAUUCAAUACAAAUUUUAGAUCACCAAAAAGCAACGGAUAUCAGUGAUGACGCGGUUAGAAGUAUACCAAGCGCCGAAAAAGUACCAGAGAAACAAAUAGAAGCAACAGCUACAGACAUUCAAAUUAAGAAGAUAGAAGAAAAACCAAGGGCUAUAAUUUCUCAAGAAGAAACGGAAGAUGCUGUUGCGGCUUUGCUAGGGGAAAGUUUUGGAGGAAAAGAAGAUGCUUUUGCUAAUUGUUUCGAGGAAGUAGUGAACAAUGAUAAUAAUCAAAUUGAAAUUGAGAAUUCUUCUAUUGAAAAUGAGAAUAUUCCCGAGGAAGACGCUGAAGAAAUGAGACAAGCCGUACAAAAUUUAAAUGCUUGUGAAAUGGAGAUAAAACCCGAUACUCCAGUUUCUGACAGUGAUUUUCUUCUUAUAGACACAGAUACUGAAGAAACUGAAGAGACUUCACAGGAUUCUUCUGAAAAAAUACCCGUCAAUGUGGUACCUACAUCGCAAUCCCAGUCUAGUAACAUAAAGUUACCGCCUACAGCUGAACCCUCAAAUGUUAUCGUUUCAAAACCUAAAACAAUGGUAGUUCAGACAAGUCCAAAAAUACAAGUUUCAUCGAGUUUACUGAGUGCAAAAAUAUCUGAAAGCAACAGUUUUAUAUCAUCAUCUCCCGUAAAGCAAGAAUCGUUAACAGCAAUAACUUCAGCACCAACCCCCGUAAUUACUUCAUGGACAUUGACCAACAAUAAAAUCGAAACGCAUACCGUCAAUACGCCCAUAAGCAAAGAUGACGGGAAAUCAUCUCGAAUAACAACAAACAUUUUACAAAUUAGGCCAUCACAAAUGAGUAACACUUUGAUAACCAAUCCAAGUAGACUUACCGCACCAUAUCAAGUGAUAAAUCGUAUGAAUAUUAAUCAAAGAAACCAACAACAACUAUCAAAUAUGCAACCGCCAAUGAUUAAAAUACCCGAGAACCAUGUUUUGUAUCAAAAACCACAAGGGAUAGUGAUAUCUCCGCGGUUGGCCAAUGAUUCCAGACUACAAAGUCCAAAAGGUGCACAAAAUGAGGGUCUGUCGUCUCCUCGACUCGCUAACAUGACAAUAUUAUCUACGUCACCGCAAAGCCUAAAUUCUGUUGGAAUAACAUCGCAGAACGCUUUGCAGCAAAGGUCGCCAGGACACGUUACGGUUGUGCGUAUGCAGCAACCGCCGCUGAGCCCACUUCACAUCCCACACGGCGCGAGGGCUAUGAUAUCUCCUAAUAGACCAAACUCUGUCUUGGUACAGACACAAGGAGCCCCAAUACAUUUUAAUAGAUUGCCCGUGACACCAGUUUUAGCUCCUAUAUCAAAACAAUUAGGACCCAAUUUACCCCAGCAAAAUAAGAAUAUAUGCGUUCAGAACUCGACUGUAUUACAACAAAAAGGAUUGUCUGGGGAGCCAGUGAAAACCGAAAACCUAAACGAAAGUAAUAAAAUUAUAUUAUCUCCCACUCAUUUACCACCAAAUUCAAACCCUUCUUUGAUGAAUAAUAGAAUGUUGCCAAUGCAAAAUACUCUACACGUUGGUACGAUGAACCCUUUGCAUUUACCCAAAAAAGUUUUGAUUAACAAUAAACCAUCAUUCGAAAAACGAGAUAUUCAACACCAAAAAACAGAGCAUAGUGGGUUAUCGUUUAAUUCUUCUCCUAUUAUACACGUGGCUAGUAUUAAUGAGUCACCUACAUCACACAUACAAACUGUUUCUAAGCCAGUAAUGUGUAAUAUUCAAGAAGGAGGUUCUAACAGAGGACAAGGUCAAAAUGUUAUUCAUGCAAUUAACCAACAACGUAUAAUUACAGCAACUACAUUAAACAAUAUUAUACAAAUUGAUAACAAUAAAGGUCAACCAACAGUCUUAUCGGUAGCAACAAUUCGUCCACCAGCAGUAUUCACUAAAUCGGAAAUAUCAAAUGCGGUAGCAGUGACAACGUCGAGUUUAACGAAUGUUGUUAUGACUCCACUUUUACUUAAAACAACAUCUAAUGCUAAUAUACCACCCAAUCGAUUGAAUACUCGGAAUGAGCAUUUUGAAAAUAAUCCUCUCUUAACUGUCAGUCGUAUUGGUAACAAUCAGGAUGAAAAAAAUUAUGAUAAGAACGGUGAUGAUAAAAAUACGAUUUUAAAAUCCAUUCCACCACCUCUAACGUCACCAGAAUCAAUUGCGAAAUGUGAAACUGAUUUUGAAGAACUUUUGAAAGAUAAUACGAAUGAAAUCAAGGUUACCAAUGAUCCAGAGAAAAAACUGGAAGUGAAUGUAGGAAAGACUGUUACGGUUAUAACUCAGGGCAAUGAUAGAGCUGAUGAUUUUAUAGAGAAGUGCGAGAAAACUGAUAAAACAGCCAAUGAACAUUCCCAAGAGCCUGAAGGAAUUAUAAAAACCAACAGCGUCGAUAUUGUUAAAGAAGAGAAAAAACUUGAAAAUGUAACAGAUUCAAAUCUUGCGGAGAAAGAAAGUAACGUUCUCCAUUCAACCAUAACAGACAAAUUACCUGAUAUGGAGAAAUCGCCAUACAUGAACCCGCAUAAUUCAGAUAUCAAAAUUGAGCAACCUAAACUAUUUAACUCUGAUAACCCGUAUAAAGAACUUUCAGCUUUUCGUGUAUCGCCAAGUAAUAAAGAAAACAAUGAAAAUGAUAUUCACACUCCAGAAGAGAAUGAAUUUUGGAGCACUAAAGAUCAAAUUAUAGAAUCUGUUAUAAAGAAAGUCGAUUCUCUUUGCAAUGAAACUUUUGACGUUAAUAUAAAGGCACAUAUCUAUAAUGCGGUAACAGACGUAACUCCCCAAGACCAAAUUAAUCAACAUCAUCAAGUCUCAAAAGACAUUGAAAUGAAUUGUAAUGAAAAUAAUAGUCAUUUCGGCGACAGUACUGUUAAAGAGGAAUUCGCAAUAGAAAAAACAACACCAAGUAAAAGGGGUGGACGUGGUAACAGAGGUAGAAAAGCUGAUAAACAAGAAAGGGUACAAACACGCCAAAUUUCAAAACCAGCUCGAGGUGGCGGAGUUAGUAAAAGAGGUAGAGGGCGCUCGACUAAAGUGGACAAGAAAGUUAAGAGCCUCGCGAAUAGUACCUUCCAUAAUAUGCCUGGAGAUGUUUAUGAUUUUCACGAAGAUUCUGGCGACGAAACGGCGGCUUCAGCUAACAACUCUGAAUCAAGGCCGAGAUUGAUUCUAACCAUAAAAAGUCCGCUUUCAGGAAACGCGGGUGUCAUUCCAACUUCCACCCUAAGCAUUACUCCAAAAGAUACCAUCAAAAUACAAGAGAAACCCAAAGAAGAAAAAAGUGAAGUGUUUGCUUCGCCCUCUACUAAUACUCGGAAAUCGAGAAGACUUCAAGAAAAAGAUAUACAAAAAGGCUCUUCGGAUGACGUUUUAGACGAGGUUGUGAAGGGAACUCCGGCAAAUAAAAUUAACGCUCGGGACACCAAUAGAAAGAGGCCUCUGAGACAAGCUGGGGCCAAACAAGCUACGGACAAAUCUCCUUCAGAUACGAGGAAGUCACCGAGAGGUACGAAGAGAUCGAGAGACAGUCUAUCCGAUGCUUCUGUCGAUAGUUCUGACGAAAAUAACAAAAGGGAAGAAGCAACCAAAGACGCCAAAGUACCUAAACUCAAUGAAACGGUCGUCCAAAUGCCUGUGAUGGAAACGGAGACUAUCGUUAAGAACGUGCCGCCGCAGCCUGUUGUGAUUUCACAUCCUCAACCUGUAGUCAAUCCAACUCCUAUUAUGAAACCACCAAAGAAAAUGAUAUCAGAAAUCAGUGCGAAAUUAGCGAGUGCAUUCGAAGCGGCUGCUGGUCCGCCACCGGUAGUUAUAUCUGCGCCGGUGAUCGCCACUACUCCGGCGCCCACGACGGUACCCGUGGCUUCACCAGGCCUCGAUCGUCUCAUUCCACCACCUUUAGAAAGGCGACUGGUCGAAUUAGAACCGCCCAUUGUGACUCAUAGAGAACCCAGGCCGGCCGAACACAUUCCGAUUCAAGAGCCCAUGAGCGUUUCCCUCGGGGAACCCUCCGAUAUGACGAGCGUAGAGACCGGUCACAUACGGCGCUUGGUGGAUAAUGUUCCUGCUAAUAUGAUGCCUGUCGGAGCGACGGAGGCGACGGAUGCCAGAGUACAGUCACCAGCUCUACCUCACAGACCGCCCUCGACACAUCGGCCUGCCGAUCGCGCGACGCCUAUUCUUAUCAGAAGCGGCGGCGAGGGUAUGGAAGGUGCUGGUGUAGCGGGAGCGGCCGCAGCUGGUGCGGUGGCGGCAGCACGUGGCUUCCGAGGCGCCUACGCUGGCCCGGCUAGUCUACCUAGAGGAGCGCAUCACCCACCUCCACCCACUACCAAGCAAGUCGCUAUCGUCGGACCUCAUCAUCAUCAUCCUGGUUCUCGAGUAACAAUCACCAGUGUGCCAGCAAUCAGCCCUCAAGGACAAGUAAACGUGUCUGCGGAUUUUGUUCGAAGUCCUCCACCAGCUCAUCAACAGACAUCUCCUAUAACAUCGGGCGACGGAAUGUAUCCCCAUUUCUCUCAACAUCACUAUCAAAUGUAUCAGCAACAUUUCCGCGCGACUCAACAAGAUAUGCGGGCUAGCGCAUCGCCCUUCCCAAGAUGCGGAGGUGGUCUGGAAGCAGAAGGCAGCGAAGCCCCAACUCCACCUUUGGAGCUUCGGCGGCCUCCUUCGGCUAGAGUUCCGAGACCGGCUCACUCGCCGUCACCUGCUGACCGACAUAUACUAUACGCAGUCCGCUGCGGGCGCUCCCCUCCGCCGGCGCACGGCAGCGGUCGACCCCCGAGUGCCCUGCCACCUCUCGCGGCCCCCGGCCCGCCCCAUGCCAGCCAGGUGCCCAGGGAGGCCGACUCCCUGCAGAUGCUACUGAGGCGCUACCCCGUGAUGUGGCAAGGCCUCCUCGCCCUGAAGAACGACUCGGCCGCCGUCCAGAUGCACUUCGUGGGUGGAAGUGCGGGCGUGGCCGCGGAUGCAUUAUCUCGCAGCGCAGACGGCGCGGCAACGUCGCUUCUGCGUAUCGCGCAGAGGAUGCGUCUCGAGCCUGCCCAGUUGGAUCAAGUGCAUCGGAAGAUGAAGAUGGAGAACGAGCACUGCAUGCUGCUGGCUCUGCCGUGUGGUCGCGAUCACAUGGACGUGCUCCAGCAGUCGACCAACUUGUCUGCGGGCUUCAUCACCUACCUGCAGAGGAAACAAGCCGCUGGCAUUGUCAACGUCGCACCCUCGCCGCGGCACCAACAGUCCAUGUAUACCGUACACAUAUUCCCUUCGUGCGAGUUCGCCAACGAGAACCUGAACCGAAUCGCACCGGACCUAAUGCACCGCGUGGCCAACAUAGCGCAUCUGCUCAUCGUCAUCGCUACGGCCAUCGGAUGAACACGACUCUCGGAUCAGACGAAUUCUACUGAGGAUUGACCCCCGCCCGAACACCGGACGGGCCCCCGUCGGCCCCGCCGAGAACGGAGAUACGGAGACAUCAAAGUGACUAUGAGUGAUCGUCAUCGCCAUCGCCAUAACAGUGACAGAGGCCCCUCGAACAACCGACGCGACCUAGUGACAGUUUAAUUCAUUAUCUUGUAAAUAAUAUCCAGGUUGUGAACUCAUUUUAAAGUUUAGUUAUCGGUCGAGUGUUGAGCCAUAGACUAGCGGAUCCGCAAGUGAAGUGUAAAGUCUCACCUAGAGUUAAGCGUAUUUAAGUGUAAGAUAAGACGUCAUUUUGUAAUAUUUUGUUGUGGUCGACCGCGCUCGGCCUUAUUCGGAGUUUAUUAUUAAAACUAAUAUUAAGCAAAGUCAAGUUCGUAAAUAUUUGGGUUCCGCUGGAGAUGAGUGGCGAUCGAGCAUUUUUAUUGUUAGUGUAAAUUGUUAUUUUGUUUUAAGCGUAGGCGUAAACUAAUUUAAACAUGUAAAUACCGAUCUAUCCGUACUAAAUCUCGAUUCACUAAGGUCAUAGCAGUAACCGAAUGGAAUUCAUUGAUAACAAAAUCGACUCGAGUGAAGUUUGAAAUGGCUAAUUUAAAGUAAUUUAAAAAUAUAAAACACGUGGAAAAUAAACUGUGAUUCUGACUUUUAACGUAGGGUUAGUUAGGUAUAGAGCCGAGCAGUAGAUUAACGACAGCGGCGCACGCGUUGUAGUUUAACGGUAAUAUAGACUUGUAGUGAUAUUUUCUUUACACAUUCGCACCGGGUUUUCAUAUUCUUUUAUAGUUUAUUAUUUAUUUUAAUGUUCGUCUUCAUUAGUUUUGCCUAUCCUAUGAAUGUUAACCUUUUCAGGAUAACAUUCAUACGAUUAAAACGAAAUAUCCGAUCCAAAUAUUGAAAGUGUGCCGAUAACGAUAGUGUAUAGGGACGAUUCAAAUUCUAGACACCUAUUAACCGAGGAGUAAUAUUGACAAAUGUCAAAAAAGUUUACUCCUUCGUUACUACUGUCUAUUAUUUCGAAGUCAUCGAAGGAUGUGACACGCCGUUAUCCUUCGGAUUAAUUCAUUCCACGUUAACCGCCUCGCGCCAACGUACAGUACGCAAGUGAGACAACAUAUCGGGCGGGUGUACGCGUACACCGAGAUGUACGUAUACGUAAAUUUACGAGCACGCGCCCGUUGUCUUGUCGUGAGAAUUUAAUUAGGUUUUGCUACCGUGACGCUCGCGAUGUUUCACCUCAUUUACCGCUGUUGCUUUGCGGGAUCGUAUGAGAGAGCUUUUAGGAUUACGUUUUAUUUUAUUUUUUUUUCUGAAUAUUUUUUUUAGAUAAGGUUAUAUCAUUUUCUAUUAAUAGUUAGCCAUAAUUUUUGUUAGUUUUUUUACCGCCUUUACAAAUACUUUUUUAAUUUAAUUUAAACCUAAAAGUAGUAUAAAUAUCGGUUUUCUUUUUGUGUCUGCUCAUAUCCGACACUUUGCAUAUAAGAAUUCAUGUAUACCACUGAAACAAUAGAUUUCUUUACAUUGCUCCCGAUGUUGUCUUCCCGAACGUGGUCCCUUAAAGGCUCUCUUACUGAACGUUGGAAAUCCCAGUUCCAAAUAAAACAAUAUUGUACUUCUCGUAACGCAUCGUCUGCAUAUUCCUUCGGGACCCCGAGCGACGAGUGCCUCGGUUAGUCGGCUCCGGUCGGAAUAUCGCAUAGUUAGAAAAAUUGCGACCCCGUCACGUCGCGUGUAAAACUAAAGUACAAAAUAUUUUAUGUAAUUUUAUAAUAUAUAAACGAUAUACAGCGCAGCCACGUAUGUAUAUUCAUCGAUUAGUAUAUGUAAAUGUGUAUGGUGUAUGGUUUGUUCUCCGUCGCAAACGGUUCUCGAUUAGCUAAGAACACUAACGAACUCGUCACUUCGUCCAUUAAUUUUAAAAAUAUAAUUUAAUCUAUAAACGGAUGCCCGAAUACACUUAUUAUUUGUCUCCUUAUGAAGGAACUCGAUGUAAAUAAAACUUGAAAUAUAGCAAUACAAUAUUUAGACUCGAUAGUAAGGAACUUAUAAAUUAAGCGACACGAGAAUUAUAAAAAGAAAUAUUUAUUCAAAUUAAAAUCGGUAUUUACUAUUAUUUUAGUUGUUUACUGUGAUGUGAUUAUUUUUGGCGACACUUACAGCUGUACUAUAAUGAUGUUUAUCGUAAUGUAAAAAUAUCUCCUUGCCCGAUGAAUAAUUGCAUCCGAAAUUAUUUGCUAUGCAAAAUUAUUGUCAAUUACUAAAAUGUAAUGUUCUUCAGAAGAUUUUCCAUAUUUGAAAACCACCAUUGUUCGUAGCGGUUAUAAUUUUCGACGAUGUUAACUAGUAAUUUAACGCAGACUUAAUAGUUUUAAGAGUAGUUACGUGAGAAGUAUAAUAUAGUUUUGUUUUAUUUGGAUUAGGUUAGAGGGGGGCGGGGCGAGGGCGCGACGCGAGAGUGCGAGUGAGGGUUAGUGUAAAUGUAACACAUUUGAUCUCAAGUGAAAGCAAGUGAACGCGAGGACUUACAGCCGCGCCCUUCGUUCCACCCGCUUAGCUCUUAAUGUCGAAAUGUAAGGAAAUAAAAAUAUUGUGAUCAUAUUUCUACUGUAACUUUAAAAUGCUAGAGUUUAGAAGUAAUUGUAUAUUUUGUACAUAUUGAAAUAGUAUUGUAUCUUUACUUCCCAUUAUCCAAAAACCCAGAACUCCUGCGUGUUAUUUACCUCCUACCUACCAAUACUAUUAAAAAAAUAAUACAUAA